AUGAAAAUCCACGAAGCAGCGUAUUCAAUCCUGGCUAGUCGUAGUCCACAACUGUUUUCUUGGAGUUCGAAGCGUAACUGCCAAGAAAUCUGUUCAGGGGAAAAGAAAUCAAAUCGUCUUUUUCAUGGAGGGCAAAAGAUGAACAUUUCUCUGCUGUCCGCCUUUGAGCAACCGGACCGCAUCUACGUAAUGAUGACAUCAGUGAAUAAAUACGGAGACACGGUCCACUGUCGUUAUUUCAACCACCAACGGAAAGAAAUUACUCCGGCGUACAGAACAGUCGUGUUUCCCGAGUUCACUGCACGAUGCGCUCGACGUGAAGGAGCGAAAUACAUUUCACUGACAGACAAGUACUUCGGCUCGUACGGGUUUCCUGUGCCGAUUACUGACCGCACUAAUCAAGAUCCAACUUACUAUUUUUCUGCUUGCCUUGCUCCUUUAUAUGGCACAGAGUUCAAGUGGUUACUGUUAGCCGAAUUCAUCGAACACCAUAAGAUUCAGGUGGGAGUGAAAUAUUUCUACGUUUACGUAAAUGAAAUGGAUGAGUACAGUCGGAUGCUGUUAGACGAUUAUGUUCGCUCCGGAGAGGCUGAAGUCAUAGUUCUUCGUGAUCGCUUUACAAGAAAUGAGAAGCAGUGGCAAGUACUUGAGCUGCAGGAAUGCCUCACACGUGCCCGUGGUCACUCUCGAUGGGUGGCGAUGAUCGAUCUCGAUGAAAGACUAACUUCAACGGAGUACAGUGGGACUCUCUCUGAAUAUCUCCAAAGUAUUUCCAACCAAACAAUAGCGGAAUUGUCAUUUCGACAACAAUGGAUUCUUCGGAACGAAAGUGCACCAGAGAAAUAUGUCAACAAAAGUCAGGUUGGCUAG